AUGUCCGAAAAAUGCGCGCGGCGACCUUUUAACCUCAGUGUACAGUGUCGGUCAUCAGAUGUCACGAGAAUGCAACCCCGGGAUAUCAUAUACCCUAGUUCAGUUGCAGAAGCUAUGUGCGUCUUACAAGUCAUCUUUGCAAUUUUUGCCCUCGUGGUUCAACAUUCCUCCCCCUUGCCAAUAGAAAGAGGGGUAAAAUUGUGUUUUUUACCGUGCAGAGAAGUCCGUGUGAAUGCAAGUGAAAUUCGGGAAGUUUUUGUAAGUAACUGCGAACUGACCAAAGUCACGAUCGUGGGAGACCCGCGGACUGUCAAGGUCCGGGACUCUAGAGGACCAUGUGCAGAGGAAUCGACAUUGACAACAACAUCGUCUAGCACCACAUCAACGUCGACAACAACGCCCUCUAGCACCACAUCCACGCUGACAACAACGCCCUCUAGCACCACAGCAAUGUCGACAAUAACAUCGUCUAGCACCACAUCCAGGCUGACAACAACGCCCUCUAGCACCACAUCCACGCUGACAACAACGCCCUCUAGCACCACAGCAAUGUCGACAACAACAUCGUCUAGCACCACAUCAACGUCGACAACAACGCCCUCUAGCACCACACCAACGUCGACAACAACGCCCUCUAGCACCACAUCUCAUGAAUCAAAAUGUGAUGUCUUGAAGAGGUUGAUUAUCAACUUCAAAGAGGAUGACGGAGAGACGCUAUCAGAUAAAGCCUGGGGAUUUUUAGCAUGGGCCAUAGCCACUACUCUGGCUGUAGGAUUGAUUGUGCUAAAAAAAAUGGCUCAAGCAUUUCCUACAAAAGCACUCCGAUACUCCUUCAAGCACUCAACCCUCCACCGAAACCCCUACAUGUACCAACCCUAA